AUGAGGUUGUUCGCUUGUUUUUCCACUGCUCUUCUGCAAAUUUUAGCUUUGGAGCAUGCAUCCAUUGAAACAACCAGCGACCCUUUCCCAAAUGACAUUCUGACGCCGUACAAGGAUUAUUACAAAACGAAGAGAACACACAGACAUGUUCGUGAAUGCCAACCUAUUUUAUAUGGUAAUAGAACACACGAGACGCUUAAGAUUCUGAGCCGCAUAAAACCGGGUCAACCUUUCGUCCAGGUGAAGAAUUUUUAUCACAGAUACACAAGAAAUAAUGUGGAAACGGACGUUGUCGGUCACGUUGUUUCUAUAGAAGAUCCUUUUCGGACAUUUUCGGUUCUUGAACCGAGGGAAGUCGGGGGUUGUAGCAAUCCUUACAAACGAGCUACUGUAGCAGAAUCUGCGAAACAGCGAAAAUGCUGGGUAGCUACAAAUGCAGGUUUUUUUAAAACUAAUGACGGCAAGUGUUAUGGAAAUGUUUUCAGUGAUGGAAGAAAAGUCCAGGAUUCUGGUGGAGUGCAAAAUGCAAAUUUCGGUAUUCGCAGAGAUGGUUCUAUACUUGUGGGGUACUUAUCCGAGGAGAUGGUUGAUGACAAAGAAAAUCCCUUUGUGCAGCUCGUAUCUGGUGUGAUUUGGAUACUAAGAAAUGGCAUGGUGUACAUAAAUGAAAGCAAAACUGCGGAAUGUCGCGACACUGAGGAAACGGGUUCUAUGGACUUGUUUGCCGAUGUUAUGUCCGCAAGAACAGCGUUGGGACACGACAUAGAAGGAAGGGUUAUGAUUGUUCAGAUUGAUGGAAAGACAAAUCACAGAGGGCAAGUGUUAAACUUCGUUGCUUGAUCUUAUCUUUGCUGAUCAUUUGCCUAUUAGAAGAUGGAGAAUUUUUUUCAGGAAGUCUGUUGUCACAUAUCACAUGACUUGAGAGUACACAUUCCCCUGAUCCAUUUCCAUGGAGCUGUAACCAUUCUUCGCCACGUAUUAGAUUGUUUUUAUUCUUUACUGACUGCCAUUUGCUUUUGUAUUAGAAGGAUUUUUGUACCUUUGACCUUGUUAAGAGCAGAAUGUUGAAUAUUAAUGUAAUUGUGCUACUUGAUACAACAAACACAGCUGUUUCAAGGCAUAGUUAGGCAUAUUUUUGCUUGGGGUCUGUUUUUGGAACUUUUGUAGAGGAUAGCAAAGCAGGGAUCCUGAUCCUGUUAAAUGUAUGAAUGUGAGAUAAAUUCAUUUGAUCUGUCAUAAAUUUAAAAGAAAAAUUUCAAAUCUUUCAGGGAAAUCUUAAGGUUUUCAUGAAACAAAAGAAAAAAUUCACAGGAAAUGUACUGUAUAUUUCUGGAGGCAAAUCAUGCCUCAUCCAGGGCCCAGUUGUACAUACAUAUUAUACAGUACAUUAUCCUUUAUCCAGUGGAUAGCAUUAUCCACCCUUCAAACUACCUGAGCCUGGUCCAUAAAUUUACAAAUCAUGCUUGCCUUUCCGUAAAAUUCUCGCGUCAUGUAUCAGUUUUGACCUUAAGUAUGAACACAUUCAAACCCUUUGCUACCCUCUGUGGAUGCCAUGUUCAGUGUCCUUUCCCUGAGAGCAGCUUGUAACCAAGCCUAUGUAGAAGUAUGUCAUCAAAAUGCAUUUCUUUGUGUUCUUUUAUCAUUUUGUUUCUCUACUAUGUUAUUAUUUUGUGAUAAGUGAUCAAUAAGACCUACAACUUGAAGUAUGUUAGAACAAUAGUGCAGUCAAACAUGUUGACUUAUGGGUUAAUGUGAACAGGAGCUGAUGAUGUGUUUGGUUCAAUUAGGAUUGAUCUGUACAGCUUUGCUAGUCUUUUAUUGAAACUUGGUCUGGUGAAUGCAAUAAACCUUGAUGGUGGAGGCUCAGCUACAAUGGUAGUGAAUAACACACUGGUAAACUACCCUUCAGAUGAAUGGUGAGUCUAUUACUCUGUUUUUUGAUUUGGGAGCACAAAUCAGAUGUAUUUUUAGGGCAAUAAUUUGAGUUUCCCAAAAUUUUUUGCUUUUUUUUAUUUCUUUCUUACAAAUGGAAUUCAUAAAUUCUUUGUAGAAGUAAUUUGUAGGUGUUGACACUGUAUAGUUUUACAAAAUAAUAUGUAUAUUGUAAUUUGAAAUUAUUUUUAAUUAGUUCAGUUAAUUUUCCUAAUUUGAUUUGAACUGUCCUUUGUUCAAGGAAAUCUAAGCUAAUUAAUACCAAUCAACAUAUUUUGAAACCAUUCAAUCUAAAUUCCAUGCUUACCUACAACAUAACAGAAGUGUUUGAUUCUUUUUAUAAGAAGCACAUUCUUUUCCUUUUUUUUUUUUUUUUUUUUUUUCAGUGCAGGGAGGGAGUGGGGACAUUAUGUUUUGGUCUUUAUUGUAGUUCAAUUUUAUUCAUAGUUCAAAUUAUUUCAAACUCAAAAGAAAAUUGAGUACAAAAUGAAACCACAGAUGAUAUCUGGAUUUUCUCCUCAACCUGAGUAUACCCAAAAUUUUUAAAUCAGGAAAAUUAAAAACCGAGCACCCAUAUACUCGCCCAUCCCAAAAUUAUUUCAUUUUCUUCAAACAGGUUUAAAAAUUUUCUUUUUUUUACUUAAACUCUAGUGGUCUUUUCACAUGCUCCAGAAAGGUAUCAACAGUUGUGUGUGCACACAAGCCUGACUGCAUACCUAAGGAUUGUCAUGGCCAUGGACAGUGUGUGAUGGGGGAGUGUCUUUGCGACAGUCAUUGGACUGGAGGUUCAUGCAAUGUAUUAAAAUGCAGACAACAUAACUGUUCUUCAAAUGGAAAUUGCACUACUGAAGGUGAGAUCACAGGCCUUGUUUGCCUGAAAGAAUAUCAGUGACACACAUCAAUGCAGUGACACACUCAUCACAUUUUGCCACAUUUUGGCAUCAUAUGUGAUUUAUUUGUAUACUAAACAAACGCUCAGUAACUUGGAAUAUAUUUGUUAAAGGUAAUUUUUUUUUGGAGGGGGGGUGGGGACUGGACUGAUAUUUUAAAUGAUAUUUGACUGAGGAACAAUUGAGCAAACAGGAAUAAAUCAGUGUGUUGUUUUUUUUCACAGAUGGUUGCUCAUGUUUUCCUGGUUGGAAAGGAGAGGAAUGUAAUGAAGGUUGGUAUAAGGAAUCAGAAAAAGAACUAAAGGAGGAAUUGAAAGAAAAUUUUUUUUAAUGCAGUCUUUGUUAAACAAAGACAUCUUAGUUUGAGCUUCAUAAUAUCUAUUCUCCUAACAGUCUUCAAUACCUUUAAGUUAUUUCUUUUGAUUUUUUUGCUCAGACUGAAGAUUUUGUCUCAAUCAAAGUUGAAACAAUACACCAUAGUUAACCUUUUCUUUUUUUCUUGUAACCUUUUUGCUUGAAAAUGUAUCACUAUUGUAAGGAGAAAGUUGAUUUUAGUCAUUACUGAGAGUGAAAUGAGUAAGCCACAUAUUGACCAACAUAUAGACUCAAACGUUUUCCUAAUUGAAUUAAAGAGUGCUAAUUUGAUUAAAAGAAUAUAUAUUUUCAUUCUUUCUCAAUCCUGAAACUAUACCCUGAUACUUCUGUUUAGUUCCGUUUUUUUUAACCUGAAAUAGUGAGUAGCUAAUGCCAAGAAAGACUGCAGUAAUAUUUUCAAAUUUUUUUGUGGCAGUUUUUAUAUAAUAUUCUCACCUUGUAACAGGUUGUGCAUCGGGAUUCUUUGGAUUGAACUGCAGUAGAGAAUGCCUAUGUCAAAAUGGUGGAACAUGUGACCCAGUCGAUGGUCACUGUACCUGUACCCUUGGGUGGAUGGGAACAUUCUGUCAGCAGCGUAAGUGCUUUCCUGUCAGAUGCUGAUUUUGCAAAGAGAGGCAUGGACCUGGAUAUUUUUACAUGUACCUACAUGUAUGAAAUAAUGUGAAACCAUUCUAAAAGUUCUGUAGCCUCUAGCUAUGAAACUGGAAAUGUAGAGAGAGAAAGAUAAUUAGCAGCAUUCAGUCUAGAGUUCCCAAACACUUAAAAGUAACUCAAAAGUCAAAGAGCAAUCAAACAUUUCUUUGCUUGCAAUCAAGCAUUAAACUUAUUUACAUUUUAAAUGUGCUUUAAUUUGAGAGAAUACAUACAUAAAUGAAUAAACAAGUUGAAAUACUUGUAACAAAGCUUUAAAACAAGAAAAUAAUGAUUAAAAUGUAGGUAUGUGGAUAUCCCUGUUUAAUCUACAGCUAAACCUCUUAGCAUUCUGAUUUGCACUGAUUGAGACUAUUUGAAUAAACCUGAAUAAAUGCUAAUUAAAAAUGCUUCCUCUUUAAACUUGAACCACUCUUUGACUAUUUCUAAGGACUAAAUAACCCAACUUUUGAGUGCUUGUUAUCUUAUAAAGGAAAAGUGUCAACUUGCCUAAAGUUUUGAUAAAACUCUUGCAUAAAUUUUUUGAUCAAAAUAAAAUUUUGAAAGCAAUAAAUAAAAUGUUUAAUAUAAAGCAGAGUGCAAUGAAUUGAAUGUCUUUUUCAAGGCUAUAACCAAAAUGACAUAUCCUCCAGUAACCCUUUAACUCCCAUGAAUGACCAAAAGAGAAUUUCUCCUUACAGUGUCAAUGCAAUAUCAAGCAGACAAGUGAUGAGAAUAAAGAAAAAUAGCAGUUAGGGGAUUUUAGUUGACCCAAUCCCAAAUUCUCCAAAUUAACAUGAUAAGAAUUGUAUGGUAGAUAGUAAGGAGAAUUACAAAUGAGAUCUUGGGAGUAAAGAGUUAAGUGUCUAAAAGCUUUAUUACAGAAGUUCCACAUCCUGUAAUAAUUCUGACCUCAAAAGAUCCAAAACUAUCAUCUCUGAAGAAAUGAAUUGUUCUAUAUAAAACACAGCUUGUUCAACAAAUUAAAACCAUGGGUGAAAUCAAAAUCAUUAAACUAUAACGUAAUGUAAAAUUUAUUAUGGAAUCAAUUUAAUCAUAGAUUAGCGUUAGCUUGCGCUUCAGAUCAUUGUCUGUAUAACACACAAUGCAACUCUUAACGUCUUGUGACCAUGGUUAUUACUUUCAAUAACAAUUUUAUUAGUGUUACAUUAUAACUAUGUCAUUCUUAAGGUCAUUCACUUCCAUUUAAUCACAGAUUUUAAUAAAUUACUUUAUAGUCAAGUGAACAGUGGUGUGGGCAUAGAUAAAUUGUCAUAAUCAUGCAAAAUUGACUAAAGAUCAGCCAUUAUUUUGAUAAUAGAUUACAAGUACCAGAAUGAUGUUAUUUCUGCGUAAUUCAAUGCUGUAAUCUCUCAAAUGAUGUUUCAGGCUGUUUUCAUGGUAGUUAUGGACAGAAUUGUAUGAAGAUUUGCAAGUGCCCUGAUACAUGUGAUUGUGAUCCAGUAACUGGAGAGUGCUCUUCUGCAAGCAACCAUAGUAUGCUAAAUUCUACUCAAAGAUGUAAGUUUGAUCCUUUCAAAGAGAUUUAGGGGAUACACUUACAUUAUUCUUACUAAGGCAACAGUAGUUUUCCCAGUCAGUUUUGAGAUGGAUCUUUAACCCUUUAACUCCCAUGAUCUAAUUGUCAAUUCUCCCUUUCAGCUACUAAAUAUUUCCCUUGUAGUUAGUUACAACUUCCACCUGAUAAGUUUGAGCAUUCUCAUUACCUUUUUGCUGGAUAAUGAAUGGAUAUUAUAGAGAGAAGUUAGUUGUUAAUCACCUCAAUAAGGGGGUUGUCAACUAGGAGAUUCAUUUGACAAACUACAAAUUCUCAGAACAAGAAUCCAGAGGAUUGUAUACAGACAAAGCAGAAAACUUAAAUUUAAAUCCUAGGAAUGAAAAGGUCCCGGCUGCCAUGAACCAAGUUCAACAGACCUUUGAAAUUUCUCGUAAUUGAUAAAUUAUGGUGGAGGUGCUGUAAGGCAUGAGCAGCCUUUUUUGUAACACCUAAGGGGUUAUUACUAAAGGUGUGGCUGCGGUAUUAAAAAUUAAGGAAAAUAAACCGUGUUUGAAACCACAGACUACUGGUAAGCUAUACUGAGUCAAAUUAAUAAAUUUUUAUGUUAUAGGGCUGCAUUGUGAAUUGGAUUUGAAGAUGAAGGGAGUUUCAACAAAGGAAACUGUGCUGCAAUCAAAUACUGAAAAGGGUGCAAUUACAGAAGAGGAAUUCAGGUAAAAGCCAAGAAAUCAUGUUUUUUUUUUUUUAAUUCACAUGACAACAAAGCCUAAGAUAAGCUUCCUCUCUUUAUAUAUUACACAUUAAGAAACCAGUUUUGUGAUAUUUCUAACAUUCUCUGAGAAUUUCCAGAAAGAUUUUCUGGGUAAAUUUGUGUCGUGACCUUCCUUUCUUAAAUAUUUUAUCAUCAGUAAGCUUUGAUUUUUGUAUUGCCAUUAAUAGUUAUUCCUCCUACUGUUUAAAGUUUGAUUCUGUGUCCAGCUUUUGCAUCCUUGAGGUUUUUAAGUUCAGGAAACCAGACUCAGAAAUCUAACAAGAACUUCUGUACAGUCUAUAGUUUAUUCCAUUGUGUAGAACUCUUCCAUGAGUGUUGAUUUCAUUAUUUCUUUUUUCAGUAAGUUCUUUGUAUGGUUUGUGGCAGUGAUCAGUCUCUGUGCCGUCAGCUUAUUAGCCAACCUAUUUCUGAUAUAUCUGGCCUGUAAUCAAGCUACAAAGAAAGCUGUCAGUUUUAAUGGCAACAGAAAACAUGAGCGUCUGCAUCUGUUCAAUGAUGAUGAUGAUGACGAAGAUGCCUUGUAAUAUACUGUUGAUGAUUUAAACUAGCUCAUUUGACAUGGAGAUAUAAGAAAGGAGACUGUUAAGCUAUUUUUUCACAGACCUCCCUUCCAAAAUAGAAGAUGAAAAUUAAAGUUUAUAUGAUAUUGAACUACACUGGAAAUUUUUACCAGCACCCUCUGUAAACCUUUAAAAUAUUACAGUUUGUAACAAUUUUUGUGGGGUGUAUGGGUUGUACCAAAUAUCUUGAAAAUAAGUAGUAAAUGAUUUGCACUGUUGGAGAUUUUUUGAUGCACCAUUUUGAAUGUUUUUUUCUUGUGGUUUUAAAAAGCAUUUAAAAAAAAAAACGUUCCUAGGCCAGAGGUGGUAAUAGAAGUGACAAGUGAGUGAAGAGGGAGGCUACACCUCAUCCUCACUCACUGGUCUAAUUUGUCAUUUUGAUACCAAUUCCAUGCAUUUUCAGUCUCACCAGUCCAAUGGCCACUGGAACUCUCAAUCAUAAAAAUUUUGCAGUCACUCCCUUGAAAUUAUGCUUGUUGCACAGGCUAAAUGUUAUAUAGAGAUGGUUUUAGCAAAGAAAGAUAAAAAAUAAAAGUUGUAAGAUAGUGAUAAGUACAAUGAUAUUUUUAUUUAAGUAUUGAGUUUUCUGAUAAUGAAAACUCUUGAACUAAGGUACUGUGUUAAAGACUUUUUGAGGCCUUCUACACCUUUUGUAGCAUGAUGUAAAAGAAAGUUUUUAUCUCAUUCUAAAAUUUUACAAUUUUUUGGGGAAGAAAAGUUUCCUCUCUUAUUUCCAGUUCAAAGGAGGAGAAAUUUAGAUUUUAAUAAAUAAAUUAUUAGUGUCAUUAAUUAGAUUGAAAUUAGUAAGUUUAAAGUUACAUAAAAUUGUUUAGUUAAGAUUACAUUGUAACAACAGAUUGACUUAUUCUAAGUUUGUUUUUAUUUAUAUUGUUUGUCAAACCCGAUGUAGAAAGUAAGGUUACUUGCAAUAAAUUAACUUUAUAAUCAAGGAAUAAUUGAUACUCACUUAAUGCCGCAGUGCAAAAUGCACCAAUCAGAGGAUAUUUAUAUUUAUUUAAAAAUAGACAUUUGAUUAUGUGAGAGUUCUAAGUUUUGUAAUAAACAUGCA